AGAUUCCUCUCACUUGUUAGUGCAUCAGAAAGCGUCACAUUAAUUCCCCUUCCGAGCUGCACAAGCUGCCCAUCUACCAGCAGCAGCUUCAGAGUUUGCAGAGAUGGGAUGUGUAGAAUCCAAGCUGGUUGCUCCCAUCAAGUACAGGCGAAUUCAGAAGGAUCUUGACAAGAAAGUGGCUGAGGCGCUCAAGGAGAGGACCAAGGCGAAGAAGAAGACCUUCAGGUCAGUGAACAGCAUCACCAUGGGCCUCCCUCGCUUCAAGGAAGGUCUCAACAACAUAAGGGACGUCUUCGACCAGUAUGACGAGGACUCAAAUGGGACGAUUGACAAUGAUGAGCUGAGGAAUUGCCUGAACGAGCUCCACGUCCAGUUGUCGGAGGAGGAGGUCGACAAUAUUCAUCGCUACUGCGAUAUCGACAACAGGAAGGGGAUUCAGUUCCAGGAGUUCGCCGUCUUCCUCUGCCUCAUGUACCUUCUUUUCGGUUCAGAUGUUACACGCCGUAUUUCAGAGUUCGAAUCCGCGAGGCUCAACUACGUUUUCGAUGAGCUCAUCGAUGCUUACCUGUUCUUCGACAAGGAUGGAAAUGGCAAGAUGAACAGGAAAGAUGUCACCGAGAGGAUGAAUGAGGCAACUCAUCAGGAGAGGACCCCCAGUCACAUAACAACACAACUAUUCAAAGAGAUGGACCUGAACAGGAAUGGCAAUGUGAACCUUAAAGAAUUCCUCUUCUCCAUUAUCAGAUGGGCAGGAGUUGAGUCAGAUGAAGAAAGAAAUGAGACAUCUCCCUAGUCUUCUUUUAUUCUCAUAACUUGUCAAAUGUACAGCUGAUAAUCAGAUUGCAAGUUCAGAAUAAACUUCUGUAUUUGCUCUUGUGGCUAAGUAUUUGCAACUAAACUCAAUGUUCAGAUUGCAUGGAACUUAAUGUACACAAACAAGAUGUAAAAGGUAUUAUCUAAGAAAUUGUACUUUAAAUUUGCAUGUGUUCAUUCUCCCAGUACUUGUGAUUUAACAUUCAAGACCCAUUAAGGUCUC